GCAGCCACUACCGCUCCGACGCAUCCUUCUACUCUGCCCCGCAAAAGCGUUUAAAAGUCACCACGUUAUGCACGGUCGAUUUGAAGGAGUCCCCGUUUAAAUGUAUUUCAAUGACUGGUGAACUUGGAAAGAGGAAAGGGCACUUACUGACUGACAGCCACAACGAUGAUUUAAAAACACACCAACCUAACGACAUCACACACACACCCCCAUUGGCUCACGAGGAGGAAGAUACAACACAUUGGCCCCGCCCCUUCACACUGUCUUUGGACAAAAAAAAAAACAGCCGCUUAGUCACGAUAGGACGAGGAGAUGCGUUUUCCGAUGAUGUUGACCCUGCAGGCGGUGUGUGUGUGUGUGACUGUGUGUGUGGCCAUGCAGCAAUACCCAGCUGCCUGGGGCCACUAUGACGUGUGUAAGAGUCAGAUCUACACAGAGGAAGGGUUAACGUGGGACUACAUGGCCUGUCAACCAGAAGCUACAGUCCUGACCAAGUACUUGACCGUCAGCCUGGACCCGCCCAAUAUCACCUGUGGAGACCCACCUGAGACAUACUGCGCACUGGAAAACCCUUACAUGUGCAACAACGAGUGUGACGCCUCCACAGAUGAACUAGCCCACCCUUCAGAGCUCAUGUUCGAUUUCGAGGGCCGCAACCCAACAACCUUCUGGCAGUCCAGUUCUUGGAAGAAGUACCCCAAACCCCUGGAGGUCAACAUCACACUGUCCUGGAACAAAACUAUCGAGCUGACUGACGACAUCGUCCUCACCUUUGAGUCCGGCCGCCCUGAGCAGAUGCUUCUGGAGAAAUCGCUAGACUACGGUAAAACCUGGACCCCUUACCAGUUUUACGCUACCGACUGCCUCGAUGCCUUCACCAUGGAGCCCAAGACGGUCAACGAGCUGACCCAGCGAACCCUCCUCGACAUUAUCUGUACUGAGGACUACUCCCGUGGCUACGUGUGGAAGUACGAUAAAACAGUCCGCUUCGAGAUCAAGGACCGGUUUGCGCUGUUCGCCGGGCUGCAGCUGUACAACAUGGCGUCGCUCUACGGUCAACUGGACACCACCAGGAACCUACGGGACUUCUUCACUGUGACGGACCUGAGGAUACGGCUGCUGAAACCAGCCACCGGGUCCACCAUGGUGGAUGAGAACAACCUGUCCAGAUACUUCUACGCCAUCUCUGACAUCAAGGUGCAGGGAAGGUGUAAGUGUAACCUGCACUCCAACAGCUGUGUGUUUGACAAGGACAAGGGGAAGCUGGGGUGUGAGUGUGAACACAACACAACAGGACCAGACUGUGGCCGCUGUAAGAGACACUACCACGGACGACCCUGGAGCAUCGGAUCCUACCUGCCCAUUCCCAAAGGAACUGCUAACAUCUGUAUCCAUAGCAGUCAUGGACCAGUGCAUCGAGCUAAUGCUUCAUCUCUGGGUGUUGCAAACCGUAAUCAAGCUCAUGUGUGUGACAACGCCAUGCUUCUCUGUCAGAACGGGGGAACGUGUCACCACCAUCAGCGGUGCCACUGUGCUACAGGCUUCACUGGCAUCCUUUGUGAGAGAGAACGAUGCCAGGGUCCUGGUGCCUGUGAGGAGUACCCCACGUCUGGGCAACCACCCCUCCAUCACCCCCCCCUCUUCCACUACCUCUACCCUCUCCUGCUGGGCCCCCCAGGUUUGCUCCUCCUCACCCUGCUACUCCCCCUGGUGAUGAUAGGGUUCUGUUGACAAUCGCUGUAUUCAUUACAAUUGGCCAGGGAACUAUGAACUUGGAAAGAUCUACUUGGCCUUAUUGCGUUUUGAUAGGACAGGAGAAAGACAUCUCUAACCACAUGUCUUGGGACAGCAGAAUCAUCUUGGGGAAAGGAAAAGAAACUUCAGCACCUAAAGACACCAAGAUGGGACCAUCCAGAGACACUGACCGAGAUACAAAAAUGCGAUCAUGACUGAUAUGAGGUAGAAGUGCAAGUGUUUGCUGAUGAACUAGAUGAUUAACGAAGAUAUGCUUUUGGUCAGAGACAGACAGACAGACAGACAGGGAAAAAAAACACAUCUGAUUUACAGUGAAAUCUAUAAACUAUAAUCGCACAAUGGCUGUGUCUCAAAUGGUACCCUCUUCCCUAUAUAGUGCACUACUUUUGUCUAGGGCCCAUGAGGAAUAGGCUGCCAUUUAUGAAGACAACAAUGUGUGUGACCUAGAAACUCUGUUAGAAACUCUGUCAUUCAUUGGGGACAGACUCAACAUCUUCACAGUUGUUAUCCCACUUCAUGUGGAUCAUUUGAGACAGACUCAACAUCUUCACAGAUGUUAUCCCACUUCAUGUGGAUCAUUGGAGACAGACUAGUCAUCUUCACAGAUGUUAUCCCACUUCAUGCAGAUCAUUGGAGACAGACUAGUCAUCUUCACAGAUGUUAUCCCACUUCAUGUGGAUCAUUGGGGACAGACUCAUCUUCACAGAUGUUAUCCCACUUCAUGUGGAUCAUUGGAGACAGAUGUUAUCCCAUUUCAUGUGGAUCAUUGGAGACAGACUAGUCAUCUUCACAGAUGUUAUCCCACUUCAUGUGGAUCAUUGGAGACAGAUGUUAUCCCACUUCAUGUGGAUCAUUGGGGACAGACUCAUCUUCACAGAUGUUAUCCCACUUCAUGUGGAUCAUUGGGGACAGACUCAUCUUCACAGAUGUUAUCCCACUUCAUGUGGAUCAUUGGGGACAGACUCAACAUCUUCACAGAUGUUAUCCCACUUCAUGUGGAUCAUUGGGGACAGACUAGUCAUCUUCACAGAUGUUAUCCCACUUCAUGUGGAUCAUUGGGGACAGACUAGUCAUCUUCACAGAUGUUAUCCCACUUCAUGUGGAUCAUUGGGGACAGACUCAUCUUCACAGAUGUUAUCCCACUUCAUGUGGAUCAUUGGGGACAGACUAGUCAUCUUCACAGAUGUUAUCCCACUUCAUGUGGAUCAUUGGGGACAGAUGUUAUCCCAACCAAACACCAUGACAUUGUACAAAACAAACGAGGAAUCAUCAUUUGAACUCUGGAUCUGUUGUCUGACUACAAAGUGGAUGAGGAGACGAGGAGAUGUCCAUUAUUUUGCUCCCUUCACCUUUUUCCUACCUCCUUGUUACCUUACCUUACUUCCUUUCCUCAAAUAUAUUCCAACUACUUGUGCUUUGGUGACGCUAGUGAUUUUGGUUGGCUGCUGAAAAAAAUGCCAUUUUGACAAAAUUCUGCACACGUGUUACGAUCCAAGCCAGUCCCUUGACUACCGGACGACUGUGAGAAGAAUAUUACUCUUGUUCUUUUUUUUGUCGUCGUUGGAGGAGGAGGAGGCUUCGUAGUCAUGGCAACGCUUGCUGAGAUCACACGUAUUGGAUAAAAUUAUGUAUCAUAUUGUAUUGUAGCUGUAUUAAAUUUUUUGGUACAAAACAAAAGAUAUUUUUUGUGACUUUAAGUAAAGGAAAAAGAUGUCUUACUUUUAGUUUUUAUAUAAUUUCCUUCCUGCUUAGGGUGGCAGUGUAACUCCUGAGGAUGUCUACGACUCACGUAUACAUGUAUACAUGUUUUCACCUGCUGACACCUCAAUGAAUCUCUUUGAAAGACACACUCAAACACAAUACACUUACAAAAAAGAGAAAUCCAGUGUUUUUAUUAUUGCUUUAGAGAAGAACAGAUCAUCCAAGAUCUCUUAUCGCAGGGCAGCCCAACCCUCUUCCUGGAGAUCUACCGUCCUGUAGGUUUUCAGUCCAACCCUCUUCCUGGAGAUCUACUGUCCUGUAGGUUAUCAGUCCAACCCUCUUCCUGGAGAUCUACUGUCCUGUAGGUUUUCAGUCCAACCCUCUUCCUGGAGAUCUACUGUCCUGUAGGUUUUCAGUCCAACCCUCUUCCUGGAGAUCUACUGUCCUGUAGGUCAUCAGUCCAACCCUCUUCCUGGAGAUCUACUGUCCUGUAGGUUUUCAGUCCAACCCUCUUCCUGGAGAUCUACCGUCCUGUAUGUUUUCAGUCCAACCCUCUUCCUGGAGAUCUACUGUCCUGUAGGUUAUCAGUCCAACCCUCUUCCUGGAGAUCUACUGUCCUGUAGGUUUUCAGUCCAACCCUCUUCCUGGAGAUCUACUGUCCUGUAGGUUUUCAGUCCAACUCUCUUCCUGGAGAUCUACUGUCCUGUAGGUUUUCAGACACUAAGCUUUAUGCUGACAAAUACUGUAUAGAUUUAUAAAUGCAAAAUAGCCUUCUAAAUAUGCCAAUCCUUAACAUAGAAAUUAAAUAAUUUCAAUAGUUAUUUUGCCACUGGUUAAGGACUGUAGUUUUUAAUUGAAGAAAAAAAAUGAAGCAAAUCAAUCGUAUAAUAGGUAAGGAUUUAUAUAUUCAAUAGAAAGUAAAAUAUACAGUUUGUUCAUCAACAUCUUUGUGUUUUUGUUAAUAAAUGAAUAAUGAAAA